AUGGAGACAUGUCCCCAGGCUGGUUCAGUCAGUAAAGACCUGGGGGUUUUCUCCAAAGGAAAGGUCCAGAUGUCUGCCACCAUUAACAGAAAAGCUUGCUCUCCAGGUGAAACUUUAUCUAUUGGUGUGCAAAUCAGCAACUCCUCUUCCAAAAAAAUGAGGCCCAAAUUCAGUUUACAGCAGAAGAGAGUGUACCUUAACGGUGGCUCCAAGAUACUCUGCAAGCACAGUCUGUGCAAAACGGUUGGCACAAUCGGACCAAACUCAGAGGAAACUGUCUCCUGCCAGUUGAAGAUUCCUGAAGAUAUUGCCUAUACCAUCCAUAACUGUGAAUACAUCUCAGUUACCUAUUCCAUUAAGGUGUAUGUGGACAUCAGCUUUGCUAUCGACCCUGAGGUGGUGUUUCCACUGGUCAUUGUUCCUUCCUGCUUUUUAACCCAUCAGCCUCAUGGGGAUUUUGGUCCCUACCCAGCUGGGGCUGUUGGGGCCCCCAGCUACAGUGACUUCCCUGCCCCUGCAUUCUCUGUUGGACCGUAUCCUGUACCUGCAGAUUCUGAGGCUUCUGGAUACCCAGCACCAGAUGUGUCUGGCUUAAAGAUUCGAAACAAACUGCUGGGUAAAUGUCUGCAGCUGCAGGAAGGAACCUCUGGAAGUAGAGUGUCUUUGGCGGAUUGCAACUCAUUUUCACCCUCACAGGAAUGGCGUUGGCUGCCUGGGAGCCAGGCACUCAGCAGUCACCACACUGGGGAGUGUCUGACUGCAACAGGAGAGCAGUAUGAAGGUGUCCACCUGCAGCCCUGCAUCAUCAGGGCUGAAAGUGAAGAGACUGUUGGAGGUUUAAUAGGUGCUGAGGGGACAGAAGCAUUUCCUGUAAUAGAUGUGUCUCAGUCAUCCCUGAGCACUAAAUCUCCUGCAGAUCCUUCCAUGAUAUUCUUCAGCAUGGACUAUGGAAUGGGCUGGAAGAUCACCAUGCUGGUAUUAAGCUCUUUGGCUCUGGUCUUGGGAACUGUAAUUCUUAUCCUCAACGUUUACUCCAACAGAAGGAAGAAGGUGGUGUGUGUUUUGAAGUCGUAUACUCCGAGGCCAGAGAUGAGUGUUCCAGGGUCCCCAGUGCCCAGCGAAAGAGCCCCGCUGACAAAGCAUGCCAUGACCCUCCCACACUCCUCCCCUACUUUACAACGCGGAGAAAUCCUGAUUCAGUGGAAGGAUGGCACUGUUACUCCACUGUAUGAGGCCUGAAGGCUGUGCUGUUGA